AUGUGGUGUAACAGUAUACCAGUAGAGUCGUCACUUCCAUCGCUUUCUGAAUUCUCUUUGGUUGUGGAUGCCCUUUUUGGAUUUUCAUUUCAACCACCUGUCCGGGAACCAUUUGGAAAAAUCAUUGAGGCUGUGACUCAGUCUGGAAUAUUCGUGUUUUCGAUUGAUAUACCUUCAGGAUGGCACGUAGAAGAUGGUGCUCCGUCGGAAGGUCCAUGUAUUCGUCCGCAUGGUAUUAUCUCAUUAACAGCUCCUAAAUUAUGUGUUCGAGAAUGGACUGGCCCACACUUUGUCGGUGGUCGAUUUGUGCCGAAGCAAUUGGCUUCGGAGCACGGUUUACACCUUCCUAAUUAUCCAAAAGCAGAGCAAAUAGUUAAGUUAGAAUGA